CCACGGUCGUAGGAAACUGAUCAGGGGCUGAACUUUUCAGGCAACUCAGGGGCGAUUCAACAAAUAAUCUACCAAGAGCUCAGAUCCGGGCUUGCUCAUUGACGAAUCGAUAUAAUGGCCCAGCCACGGACUCCAUUCCGAACGAGAAUCUGUAAGUUAUUCUUAACGCCAAUUUCGUCGCCACCAUUGAUGCUGGCAUCUUUGAAGGGAUGCUCAAACGGAAUUUAAUCAACCUCCUCGCCUACUUUCCAAGAUCAGUGGACCAGCAAAGGAAGCUCGAGUGGAUCGACAUCGAUGCAUUGUCGUUCACUAAUUCACAUGUCCCUCCCUCCAGCACGAAGUACCCAGAACCCCCCAUCCAUCGUCUGCCAGUUGAACUCCUACAGCACAUAUUCUUGCUCAUCGUGAAUGACGCGCCAGACUUUCCUAGUAUUUUCUCAUGUGGAGAAACCACCAUCUCUGCCAAUUUUGCCAGCCCUCCCCUGGUCUUCACCCGGGUGUGCUGUCUUUGGCGAGCCAUUGCACUUUCAACGACAGGGGUUUGGUCGCGCUUCCAGGUCGCACUUCCCGGGCGAUUCAGUCAAUUACAUCCAUUCCUUCCACAUCUGCUCCAGUUUUGGCUUGCCUGCUCUGGCCGUCAGCCUCUCACUCUUCGCACCUGCCAAGACACAUCGCUAAUAGUAGCACAGAGAUGCUACUACUCAAAGGCGGAUUCUCAACUGCUCAGGGUCCUCCUUUCUGCGCGUGACCGUUGGGAAAGCGCGGGUGUUAUGUCGCCCAUACACGACCACGAGCUAGUCCGCUAUAGGCAUACCAAUAGUGACUUGAGACUAGGCCCACUAGGGAAGAUAGCCGCUGAGUGGCGGUUUCCAGGGAAUGGCGAGAUCGAGGUACCUCAGUUGAGAACCUUGGAGUGUUACUGGUCAGACAUCACUAAAUUCGAUGCUCCAAACCUCACUCGGCGUCUUUACCUCGAAAGCUAUCCGUAUCCAACAUCACAUUUCCCUACUCCUACCUGCAACAAUAUCCGUAAUCUUCACCUCCAGAAAGCUUCCGCCCAUAUCAUACGCUCUACUCCGGUGAUUUUCCCUCAUCUGGAGGCCAUCGUAGUGGACGCGAUUGAAUUAGAUGGCGGUAGAAGUGAUUCGGCCGUGUGUUCUUCCCUGGAGUCGAUGACUCUCCCCUUGUCCUCGGAUAACCAGCAUAGGAAGUUGAUUGUAUUCUGGCGGCGCUGGCGAUUGCAUCUUGCCACGUGCAGGUGGUAGACUUUCAGGCAAACAAAGUUGAUCUGGGGGUAAUUGAGCGUCUGGCCCAGGGCAUAGUCUCCUCAGCUGUGAAUUGUAUUCUGGCGGCGCUGGCAUUUACAUCUCCCGGGGUAGACCUUCAGGCGUUGCAGAACGAAGUCGAUGUGGGUGCCGUUGAGCCGUUGCUCUCAGUUGCGAGGGAGGUUACUGUCCGUGGGGUGCUGUGGCAUCGUGCCGCAUGUCGUUGAUUGUACGAACCUAGCUUGGCUUAGACAGUGU